GGAUUGGAUAUUCAUGAAAUGAGAAUUUUUUUUCAUAAUGAAAAAAUUAUUGAGUCAAUUUCCUGAUUUUCAUAAAUAGAAAACAAAAUGUGAAAAUACUACUUUAAGUCGGAAUCCAGCGAAUUGAUCUGGAUUCCAGCCAUGAUUUAAUCUUGUCGUGUCAGAGCAAUUAAGGCCAAUCAAACAUUGAAACGACGACGUUGCGCUACAUUGUUGACUUCUUGCUCAGUUUGACUUGCUUUCCGUUUCCUUCUUCACUAUAAACCCUACUCAGAUCUCUCCUCUUGAUCCGUUUCUCUACCGUCUCUGAUCCCUUCUCAAUUCCCCAUUGUGGCAGGAAAAUGAUGUCGUUUCGGUGCUUUUUAAUUCUCACCCUCGUUUCUCUCCUCUUAUUUUCGACUAUCCCUCGUUCCAUCUCCGAGACGGAUAAAAAUGACGACGUUGAGGACGACGAGGAUCUGCGGUUCCUCGAAGAAACGGAGGGGAAAAACGACGCCGCUUCACACUCUCAUUUCAGCGAAGACGAGGACGACCAAUACCCCGACUUAGAUGACGAUGACUUCGGAAACUACCAAGAUUUCGACGACUCCGAUUCGGAUCCGUAUAAAAUACCCGAAGUCGACGACAAGGACGUGGUCGUUUUAAAGGGAGGAAACUUCAGUGACUUCAUCGAGAAGAACAAGUUCGUGAUGGUUGAAUUUUACGCGCCUUGGUGCGGGCAUUGCCAGGCGUUGACUCCUGAAUAUGCCGCGGCGGCGACGGAGUUGAAAGGAGAAGGAGUGGUGUUGGCCAAGGUGGAUGCCGCAGAGGAGAAUGAGUUGGCACAAGAGUAUGACGUUCAGGGUUUCCCUACUGUUUAUUUCUUCGUUGAUGGAGAGCAUAAGCCCUAUCCUGGUGCUAGAAACAAGGAGGCGAUAGUGACCUGGAUUAAGAAGAAAAUAGGACCUGGUAUAUACAACAUUACUACUAUGGAGGACGCUGAACGCGUUUUGACUAAUGAAACUAUAGUUGCUUUGGGCUACUUGAACUCUUUGGUGGGUAAUGAGAGUGACGAGCUUGCUGCUGCUUCAAGACUCCAAGAUGAUGUCAGCUUCUAUCAAACUGUGAAUCCUAAUAUUGCAAAGCUUUUCCACAUAGACCCUCAAGUUAAACGCCCUGCUUUGGUCUUACUUAAAAAGGAGGCUGAAAAAAUAAGUCACUUUGAUAGUGAGUUUGUGAAGACUGCAAUAUCUGAGUUUGUAUUUUCCAACAAGCUUCCUUUGGUUACAAUAUUUACUAGGGAGAGUGCUCCUUCAAUUUUUGAAAGUUCAAUUAAGAAACAGCUGUUGUUGUUUGCCACAUCAAACAUUUCUGAGAAUGUUAUCCCAGUAUUCCAAGAAGCAGCAAAACUUUUCAAGGGAAAGCUUAUCUUUGUAUAUGUGCAAGUGGAUAAUGAAGAUUUUGGAGCACCUGUUGCAGAUUAUUUUGGUGUUAGCGGAGAUGGUCCCAAAAUCCUUGCAUACACUGGAAAUGAUGAUGGUAGGAAGUUUGUCCUUGAUGGAGAAGUGACAUUGGAUAAAAUUAAGGCUUUUGGAGAGGAUUUUUCAGAAGACAAGCUUAAACCUUUCUAUAAGUCAGACCCAAUUCCCGAAACUAAUGAUGAGGAUGUGAAAGUAGUGGUCGGAAAUAACUUUGAUGAAAUUGUUUUAGACGAGUCCAAGGAUGUCCUUCUUGAGAUAUAUGCACCUUGGUGUGGCCAUUGCCAAGCAUUGGAGCCGACGUACAACAAGCUUGCCAAACAUCUUCGAGGAAUUGACUCUCUGGUUAUUGCCAAAAUGGAUGGGACAACAAAUGAACAUCCUAGAGCUAAGUCUGAUGGUUUCCCUACGAUUCUGUUCUUCCCAGCAGGAAACAAGAGUUUUGAUCCUAUAACUGUGGACACCGAUCGCACUGUAGUGGCAUGUUAUAAGUUCCUCAAGAAACAUGCUUCAAUCCCUUUUAAGCUCCAAAAACCAGUUUCAGCUCCCAAAGAUGAACCAGCUUCAACACCCGAAACCAAAUCUUCUGACACCAAGGAAAGCGACAAGAGCAGCAGGGCGGAUUUGAAGGAUGAGUUGUGACCCGAUCAAAGGGAUUCAAAAGCAGGAUUUUAAUGACAUCCCAAGUUCUAUGCCUGCCUUCUAUGUGUUAUCAAUAGUUAGAAAGGGAAUAGCUAUAAGAUAGAUUCAAAAGAGGAAUCCGAGAAUGGUCAUGGUUCAAACGUUUGGCCUAGACCCCUUUUUUAUCAAGGACAAGAGGCAAACCAAAAAGGGUGUAUUGGCUUUUUUAGCCAUUGUUUCACCUAUGUAUCUUCUGAAACAUUUACUUCAGAAUAAAUGGCUCCGUAUUCCUUCGCUGCCAUGGCUUUCUGCCCCUUGUUUAGUGUUAACCGUGUUGGAAGUACCUCAGAGCAUGGAUUUUAGAUCCAUAUAGAAAUCAUUUUCUCCCAUUUGUUUUGACUUUUUACUACAUAAAGUAGAUCCCAAGCAAUGACUAAUGUUAAUUCGGCGGGCCCUAGGGAGCCUGAGGCUGAGCAUGUGAAAUCAUGUGCUACGGCCCUUUAGACUUGGAUUUUGUUUCCUACAAAUCCAAAUGACCACGACCACCAGCGCAUGAUUAUCUAGAAUUCUUGAACUCGAUGAUUUUUUGUUCACAUGUUACAUUAUAUCUACUCAUAUUUUCACAUUAA